AUGUCCGAAGAAUUCUCUGGGAAGAUCGAAAGCAAAGGGCUAAACCCGGGACUGAUCGUGCUUCUUGUGAUUGGAGGGUUGCUAGUGACGUUCCUUGUAGGAAACUUCAUCCUCUACACAUACGCGCAGAAGAAUCUGCCUCCGAGGAAGAAGAAGCCGGUUUCUAAGAAGAAGAUGAAGAAAGAGAAGAUGAAGCAAGGCGUCCAAGUUCCUGGCGAGUAG